GCCAGGCUUUUUGAGCUGCACUCUGAGCCGUAGGUAUGAUGGAGAGGGAAGCGGUAGCAAAAAUGGCGGCGUCCGCGGAUGGGCAGACAAAGUACGGGCAGUCGGUGAAGGGACUGCUCACCGAGAAGGUCAGCACGUGUGGCGCUGACGUCAUCGCCCUCACCAAACAAGUGCUGAAAGGGUCGCGCAGCUCCGAGCUUCUUGGCCAUGCUGCCAGAAAUAUGGUAAUGCAAGAAGAUUCCAUUUUGCAUUCAGAAGAUAGCCUCCGAAAAAUGGCGAUUAUAACAACACAUCUACAGUACCAGCAAGAAGCCAUACAGAAAAGUGUUGAACAGUCAUCAAACCUCCAGGACCAGUUGAGGCAUCUUUUGAAGUGAGAAGAAUCCAGGGAAGCUUGGUACAUUAAAUAAUGCUGCCUACCAUGGAUCCAAAGCUGCUUGUAUGUUGGUAUUUGACAGCUCCUGGGUAUGCUCCUUUGUGCCAGUGGAUUAUUAAUACUUGAACAUACCUAUAAUAUGUCU